UCGAUGAGUUUCAACCCCUGUCCUGCCAGCGCCCCUCCCUCCUGGUACCCCGGCGAAGGCCUCCUAGUCACUGCAGAUAAUGUGGAGUUCUCGCUGUCCCUCGGCCGGCUUCCCCCUCGACAGAGCAAGGCCACGUGUAAGGCCAAGGGGCGCCUCCACCUCACCAACAUCCGCCUGCUUUUCAUCGCCACCAAACCAACGGCCAGCCCGGUUCCCGGCGGCCCGGAAUUUGCCUCUUUCGACGUCCCCCUGCGCGGCAUCGUGGACGUGAAAUUUAACCAACCCAUUUUUGGCGCGAACAAUCUGCAAGGCAAAGUGACGCCGGUUUCUUGCCUGGAGGCGUCGGCCCCUGUGGAAUGGAAAGCCGCUUUUAUCGCGGGGGGGACCACAGUCCUCAUCCCCACCUUGCUCCGUCUUAUGGACCAAUUGCACAGGGAGGCGCAAGGGCAGGCAAUACCAGCGCAGCAAUUGCGAACGCCCCAACAACAGCCACAUCACGGACAACCGCCGCAACCGCAACCACAUGCACCGCAGCAGCAGCAGCCCUGUGGUGAGGGAGGGAGGGAGGAAGGGGUGGAGGAAGGGAGGGAGGGAGGGGUAGAAAAGGCGAGAGGAGUGGGGAAGGAAAAGGGCAAGGAGGGGAAACGUUGCACGUGGGGGACGCUGGAAGAACACCAAGCCACAGCGACGUAUACGAAUCCGAUGCCGCACGCCUCUGCCCCUCCCCCGUCCUCUGGCUCCUCCUUCAACCCGCCAGCCUACAGCGGGUUCUCCUCAGGGCGGUGA